AAUAUUCUCUCUUUUCCGUUAUAUUCUCUCAUUCCCCCCUCACUUUCUUCCUCAUUUUCUCACCAGCCAAACAUCCUCCCUCAAGAUUUUAGUAACCCAUGAAAUUUGGGAAGAGUCUUAGUAACCAGAUCGGGGAGACUUUGCCCGAAUGGCGGGACAAGUUCCUUUCUUACAAGGAGCUUAAGAAGAAGUUGAAACUGAUCGAGCCCAAAUCCGGCGAUAGGCCGAAUAAGCGGCUUAAAUUGGGUCAAGAUUCUGUUCAUUCCGGGGAGAAGGUCGGAGACGGCAUGUCGAUAGAGGAGACCGAUUUCAUUAGGCUUUUGGAGAAGGAGCUCGAAAAAUUCAACAGCUUUUUUGUCGAGAAAGAGGAAGAAUACAUCAUUAGGUUGAAGGAAUUACAAGACAGUGUAGCGAAGGCAAAGGACAGCAAUGAAGAAACGAUCAGGAUUAGGAAGGAGAUUGUGGACUUUCAUGGGGAGAUGGUUUUGUUAGAGAAUUAUAGCGCUCUUAACUACACAGGAUUGGUGAAAAUACUGAAGAAGUAUGACAAAAGGACGGGUGCUUUGAUCCGCUUGCCUUUCAUUCAAAGGGUUCUGCAGCAGCCCUUCUACACUACAGACUUGCUUUACAAGCUGGUCAAGGAAUGUGAGGUGAUGCUGGACCACCUGUUCCCGAAGAACGAAAAGCCGGCUUUGACCAGAUUAGAAAACAAGGACGGUGAGGAUGAUGAUGGGUUUGAUCCUUCAACAUCCUCUACUUGUAGGAGUGAAGAUGGCCUCAAAAUGACUAAAGAGCUGGAAGAGAUCAAGUACAUGGAGAGCCUAUAUAUGAAGAGCAGUAUAUCUGCAUUGCGAGUUUUGAAGGAAAUCCGGAGCGGAAGCUCGACCGUUAGCGUUUUCUCGUUGCCUCCGUUGGACGAUACAUGGAAAAAGGUCCCUGCUCUUGAACAAACUGCCAAAUAGUUUGGAUUUUGGUAAUAGAACUCAACUAAGUCUGCAACUGAUAAUUUUUAGUUCUUUAACAUUUCAUGCUGUUAUAACGCGAAGUCUGAGAUAGCUAUACAUGUAAAUGCUAUAUAUUUGAUUAAAUAAAUGCUAUAUAUUUAUAAUAUAGCAACUUGGUAUAA